UUAUAAUAAAAAUAAGAAAUGUCAAUUCUGACAGAAAGUUGAAGAUUGAAGAUUGGGAAAUUGUUUGGUUAUUUAUUGUACAAAAUAACAAUUUUUAAAUAUUUUACACAUAAACAAAAACAAAUGUAACUGAGAAUAUGGAUCAUAUAAAACUUAUCAUUAUUUUAUUAUACGCUUGUCUUAGUAUUAUAACAGGCAAUGGUGACAGAAUUAAAGACAUGAUGUUUGAUGGUAUAGAUAGCUCAGUACCAUGUUAUCGUCGUUUGAAUGCUACACAUCAAAUUGGAUGUUCUUCAAAACGAGGAGGCUCCACUGGUGUAAUUCAUUUUUGUGAAACGAUCGAUGACUUACAGUUUAUUCUAAAUUCAGGAACUGCUGGUCCUUACAUUCCUGUUUUGUCAACAAAAAUAUUUAGUCCUGACAUUGUACAUAACUUGUCUUAUAGUGAUAAAGUUUCUGGAUUAAUAGUAUACACAAAUGAACCAGUGAACUUUUUUUCGCAUGAUGAAAAAUGCCCUAAUAAUAGAUUUAGUGUUGAUGGAACUUGUAAAAAUAAUGGAUGGAAUCCAUGGGGUACUGGUUUGCUUUAUGUUGAUAUCCCUUUUCCUCUGUUUUAUGUAGAGAAUGAAAAUGAUACACAGAAAAUAAAAGAAUGUUUCCAGACAUUUAAUAAUUUUUCUUUUGAUACACAAAAAGAUAGAUCAUUAUGUUCUUUAGAAUUAGAGUCCUUUAUGUUUGCCACUACAAACACACCGACAUGUCAAAGACGAUCUAAUAUUGUAACAAACAUGAAUCCAGUAAAACUAUGUGAUCCAUUAGGGGAUUAUAAUACUUGGGCAUCUUUAUUUCCUUUAGUAGAAGGAUCAGAUCCAAACACGAAACCAAUAAAUGAUUUUGAAUAUAUUAUAAUUGCUGCGAGGUCUGAUACAACUUCACUCUUUGAUAAAACUACAGGAGCAGAAAACCCUAUUACUAGUAUGGUAACUUUACUAAGUACUGCUAAGUUAUUGAAGGAAAUGGUUGGAAAAUGGAAUAAUAAAAUAAAAAAGAAUAUACUGUUUAUAUUAUUUACUGGUGAGACUUACGAUUACAUUGGAUCACAAAGGUUUCUUUAUGAUAUGGAACUUGGCUUAUUUCCUGUUGAUUUGCCUAAAAAUAACACAUUCCUCCCUAUAAUUUAUCCUGAAAAUAUUAGUUUAUUUAUUGAAAUAUCACAACUGUCUUAUGGGAAAGAUGUGUAUGUUCAUUAUUUGGAGGACAAUCAGAAAACAGUAGCAACGUUUUUUAAUAUAAUGAAUUCUAGUACUGAUUCCCUGUUUUUGCAUCUUGUCCCAAAUAGUUUACCUCCAUCUUCUCUACAUACGUUUAUCAGGGGCAAUAAUUCCAUCCAAGGUAUGGUGAUAACCAACCAUGAAUCAGAAUAUAUCAAUCAUUAUUAUAAUUCAUUUUAUGAUACUUCUGAAAAUAUUCAGUAUAAGUAUCAAAAUGGAAGCAGUAUACCUAAUGACAGUAUACAAGGUAACAUUGGGAAUAUUGUAACAGUUUUGGCCAACAGUCUUUAUGAGGAAAUUAUUGGAACUAAGUAUAAUGGAACUGCUACAGCCAAUUUAGAAAUGAUUGAUGAAUUAUUUCAUUGUUACUUGGAAGAUCCAAGUUGCAAAGUCCAUAAAGCUAUUCGAAAGGUGGGUAUGGGUGGGAACAUUCUUAAUCUCUAUAUAGGAGUUGACAUACAAGAUAACAUACUGACUGAUUUAAUAGCACUAACACUUGCAUGGUUCACAGGAGACCUUAUCGAAGAAUCAGGCCCUAACUGUACAAACAUAGGAAAAAGUCAUGUAUUUAAAUAUUACAAUAUGUCAUCAAAUAUGGAUGAUCUGGAAAAUAAAUCAUGCUACAGAUGUACAUUAAAUCAUACUUUAGCUAUUAGUCCAGCCUUUGUCAUUCCAGAUUAUGACUGGUCUUCAAAUAAAUACAGUUCUUGGUCCGAAUCCGCGUGGAGGACUAUAGGGGUUCGUAUCUUUUUAAAACCUUCCCCUGCUCACGAGCGUAGUACUAUUGCGAUUGGAUCAAUGAUAAUGGUACUAGCCUUUGUCUUAACUUACUUCAUCAAAUCUCGAUCGAAUGUACUUUUCCCUCCAGAGGUAUUUAACGACCCUCCCGUAAACUGUUAAGUUGUGAUAUAAUAUUUUUAUUGCUUUCGGGUCUUACGAGAAUUAAUCCAUAAUAUGUAUCACUUUUGUAAAAUAAUUAUUUUUUAUGUUUAAAUUCGUGAAGAAAAUAGACUGGUAAAUGUAAAUAUUAUUUAAUUAAUACGUUAGAAUUAAGAAGAAAUUUUAUUACAGAUGUAGAAUUUUUUAUCAAUAUAUUUCUUUCCGUUAACUUAAAAUUGGAGAAAAGUUUUAAUCGAUUUGAAAAUUAUUUUUCUUUCAAGACUUUUUUAGACAUUAACUUGGUUUAAUAUUAGAUAACUUAUUUAUAUAAAAUAAAUUAAAUAAAGCUUAAACAUGUGUAUA